CAAAAUCACAAAACAACACCCUCAAAGCUUUUCCACUACCUUCCCUUUCCCUUUUCUCCCCUUUAUUCCAUCCAGAAUCCACCAUUCCAUUCCAAUCAAUAAUGGAUCAUCGUCUUCAUAUUCUCCUCACCAUAAUCUUCACAUUUUCAUUAUUUGCAGUGGUCCACUCCACAACUUUCAAGAUCGUCAACCGCUGCCGCCAUACCAUCUGGCCGGGGAUCCUCACCGGCGCCGACAGACCCCUCCUCAACCCCACCGGUUUCACUCUCACCCCGGGUAAAUCCAGAACCCUCCGGGUACCCGUUUCCUGGUCGGGUCGGCUAUGGGGUCGAACCGAUUGCACCACAGACUCCACCGGAAAACUAACUUGCAUCACCGCCGAUUGCGGCUCCGGCAAGGUGGCGUGCGAAGGCCGCGGCGCCGAACCCCCGGCGACCCUGGCGGAGUUCACCCUCAACGGCGAUCAGGGUUUGGAUUUCUAUGACGUCAGCUUGGUAGACGGUUACAACCUCCCCAUGUUGGUGAUUCCGAGGGGUGGUAAAGGCGGCGCGUGUAGUUCAACCGGGUGUUUGGUUGACUUGAACCGCGCGUGUCCUGUUGGGCUGAGAGUGGCGCGUAGUGCGAGUAGUCGGAGCGUGGUGGCGUGUAAGAGCGCGUGUGAGGCAUUUGGAGAUCCGAGAUUUUGUUGUAGUGAAGCGUAUAAUACGCCGGACACGUGUCCGCCGACGGAGUUUUCGGCGUACUUUAAACACGUGUGUCCACGGUCGUAUAGUUAUGCUUAUGAUGAUAAGACAAGUACUUUCACUUGUGUUGGUGCUGAUUAUAUGAUCAUUUUCUGUCCAUUACCUUACACCAGUGAAAAGUUGCUGGAAGCAAGGAAGGAGACUGCGGAUUUGCCACUUGUGAACAAAACCAUGUUGCAUAUAGGCCAUCGAUAAGCGUGAUCUGCGGUGGACUGAGGUUUUGUUUCGAUUCGUAAGAUGAUAGAAGUAUGUAUUUUUGUUUUGUUUAGAUGUUUAAUUUGCGUGGGUGGUUUAAGAUGGAUUAGUUUGUUGAUGAUUGAUGAUAUGGAAUGAUAAUGGAAAGGGCUGUAAAUGAAUCGAACGUUCAACGGACAGUUCGUGAACUGUUCGGGUGGAAGUUCGUUUUUGUUCGUUCGUUUAGUUGAUGACCGAACACGAACAAGAUAUUUCGUUCAAUUAACUAAAUAAACGAACACGAACAAAGGUCUCGUUCGUUCGACUGCGUUCGUGAACAUUCGGUAAUAUGUUUGUUUACGUUCGUUUUAUUUA